UAAAUGAUCAAUUGCUAGGAGAAAACUUAGAGAAUCGUGUUACUCAGUCAUUGUUUUGAGAGUGAGACAGACAAAUUGUAAAAGUUCACACUAUUUAAUCCAGUUUCUAUUCUCAAGGUAGUGGCUGCUCUGAGAAUUUCCAAGAGGAAAAUAUCUUUCCCGGGGCUUCGGCCAAGGAAAAUGAGAUAUUUUUCAUAAAAAGAUAACAUACUUGUGAGACAGGGCAGCUGGGGCUUUUGAGGAAAGUUUGAAAGGAAUUAGGCAUACGAUUGUAAAAUUGUGAAAAAUGACGGAUUCGGUAGAGUUGCCGGCCAAAUUGGCGAUUCUGCCAUUCCGGAACAGGGUUCUCCUGCCCGGCGCCAUUGUUAGAAUCCGCUGCACUUCACCUGCGAGUGUGAAGUUAGUGGAGCAAGAAUUGUGGCAAAAGGAGGAGAAAGGUUUGAUUGGGGUUCUUCCUGUUAGAGAUACACAGGUUGCAGAGGGUAUCCCAGCUUUGCCUGCCUUAUCACCAGGUCACAUUACAGAUAUGGGGGAGAGAAAUGGGAAAGGAUAUUUGAGUACUUCGUCUGAUGGUAUCAAGUCUCCACAAGACCAUCUCCAGUGGCAUAAGAGGGGGGUUGCUGCUAGAGCUUUACAUUUGUCUCGUGGAAUGGAGAAGCCGAGUGGAAGAGUCACCUAUACGGUAGUGCUUGAAGGAUUGUGCAGAUUCAAAGUGCUUGAGUUGAAUGCAAAGGGUGCUUACCAUAUUGCACGAGUUUCAGGACUUGAUAUGACAAGGACAGAAAUGGACCAGGCAGAACAAGACUCUGAAUUGCUUGUACUUUCUCGCCAAUUUAAGGCCAUUGCGAGCGAAUUGAUCUCUAUCCUUGAACAGAAGCAGAAAACUGUUGGUCGUAUAAAAGUUUUACUCGAGACUGUACCUGUACACAAACUGGCAGAUAUUUUUGUGGCUAGUUUUGAGGUCAGCUUUGAUGAGCAGAUAGCAAUGUUGGAUGCUGUUGAUCUAAAAUUACGUCUGACAAAAUCUAUAGAGCUUGUCAACAGGCAUUUACAGACCAUACGUGUGGCAGAGAAGAUAUCUCAAAAGGUUGAGGGGCAACUGUCAAAGUCACAAAAAGAGUUUCUUCUUCGACAGCAGAUGAGAGCAAUAAAGGAAGAGCUGGGUGACAAUGAUGAUGAUGAAGAUGAUGUGGUUGCAUUGGAGAGGAAGAUGCAAAGUGCAGGCAUGCCACCAAAUGUUUGGAAGUAUGCUCAAAGAGAAUUAAGGCGAUUGAGGAAGAUGCAACCUCAGCAACCUGGCUAUAGCAGCUCUAGGGGAUAUCUUGAACUACUGGCUGAUUUGCCAUGGCAAAUUAGCAGUGAAGAACAUGAGCUUGAUCUGCGUGCUGCUAAGGAGCGUCUGGAUAGUGAGCACUAUGGUCUAGGGAAAGUUAAAAAGAGAAUUAUUGAAUAUAUAGCUGUUCGAAAGCUAAAGCCAGAUGCAAGAGGUCCUGUUCUGUGCUUUGUUGGUCCCCCCGGGGUCGGCAAGACUUCAUUGGCAUCGUCAAUUGCGGGGGCUUUGGAUAGGAAAUUUGUCCGAAUUUCCCUUGGUGGUGUCAAAGAUGAAGCUGAUAUAAGAGGACAUAGAAGAACAUACAUAGGUAGCAUGCCUGGUCGUCUCAUUGAGGGCUUAAAGAGAGUGGGAGUGAAUAAUCCUGUAAUGCUACUAGAUGAAGUUGAUAAGACAGGUUCAGAUGUUCGAGGAGAUCCUGCUUCUGCACUCUUAGAAGUCCUUGAUCCUGAACAGAAUAAGGCCUUCAAUGAUCACUACUUAAAUGUUCCAUUUGACCUUUCCAAGGUCAUAUUUGUGGCAACAGCAAAUAGAGUACAGCCAAUUCCUCCUCCACUAUUGGACCGCAUGGAAGUGAUUGAAUUGCCUGGAUAUACUCGAGAAGAAAAACUUAAAAUAGCCAUGCGCCAUUUAAUACCUCGAGUUCUUGAUCAACAUGGUCUUACAUCACAGUAUCUUCAAAUUUCAGAGUCAAUGGCAGAGCUCAUGAUUCAAAGAUACACUCGAGAAGCUGGUGUGCGUAAUUUAGAACGCCAUUUGGCAGCCUUGGCUCGUGCAGCAGCUGUGAAAGUUGCUGAACGAGAACAAUCCCUAAGGUUGACUAAGGAAAUACAUCCUCAGACAACUUCCUUGCUAGAAGGAAGUAGCCUUGCAGAUGGUGGAGAAAUCGAAAUGGAAGUUGUACCAAUGGGUGUGAAUGGCCGUGAAAUAUCUAGUGCUUUGGAGUCCACUGAAAUUCUGGUUGUUGAUGAAUCAAUGAUUGAAAAAGUACUUGGACCUCCUAAAUUUGAUGAUGGGGAAGCUGCAGAACGUGUUGCAAGUCCAGGAGUUGCUGUGGGUCUUGUGUGGACUGCAUUUGGUGGUGAAGUUCAGUUUGUUGAAGCAACUGCAAUGGUAGGAAAGGGUGAGAUACAUCUUACAGGGCAACUGGGAGAUGUUAUAAAGGAAUCGGCCCAAAUAGCAUUAACCUGGGUAAGAGCAAGAGCAACUGAGUUGAGUCUUGCUACAGGUUUAGAAGCCAACUUGAUGGAAAGCCGUGACAUUCAUAUUCAUUUUCCAGCAGGAGCUGUGCCAAAGGAUGGUCCAUCUGCUGGAGUGACACUAGCGACUGCUUUGGUCUCGUUGUUUGGUAGGAGGAAUGUCAGAGCAGAUACUGCAAUGACUGGUGAAUUGACACUAAGGGGUCUUGUUCUGCCAGUUGGUGGGAUCAAAGAUAAGAUAUUGGCUGCACAUCGGUGUGGUAUCAAGAGAGUUAUAUUGCCAGAAAGGAAUUUGAAGGAUCUAGCAGAAGUUCCAGCGGCUGUCCUCAGGAAUGUUGAGAUACUACUUGCAAAACGAAUGGAGGACGUAUUAAAUGAAGCAUUUGAAGGUGGAUGCUCCUGGCAACGUAUCUCAAAAUUAUAACGAAUGCUAUAUGGUACAAGUUACUUUGUAUCUGAUGAAGGUAAAACACCAGGUUUUAAGGGAUCUGUUGUAGUUAAGUGGUUUCCAAGUGGCUUGUACUGUAAAAUCUCAAAAUAUGAAGCCUAAGUUAAGAUCCGUAAUGAUACAAAAAGAAAAUUGUAUAUAACAGCUUGUUUAUACAAUGAUCAGAGUUGUUGAGGUUGUUUUAAAGCAUAGGACUGUACCAGGUGCAGAAUAUUGGAUAUUAGAUAAUUGAUUUACAAAUGCUUCUAUCAUGUAACUUCUUUUUCCCAAAAAUUGGCAUUGGGAUUGUCCUGUAUUCUGUAUCAGGUGCUUGCACUUAAUGUUGGGUUUGUAGUUUCCCAUUGAGUUGUGUCCAGUAUCAUGUUGCUGAUUGCUUCUUUAAUGAAAGCAUAAAGGAGCCACCAUGUACGUGAUCUCUUCAGUAAUGCCUACAUCUGUGACCUCUUUUAUA